CUGAUAAGCGACCACAUACGCAACUGGUCACCCAGAUUAGUCAGUUAAUAGUUAUUUUCCUUAAACAUAACAUUAAAUAAUAAUACAUUUCCUCCUUUCCAAAUAUUUCCUCUACAAUGAAAAAAAUCACAUUUUUUGUAGGAUUUGUUCUACUCGCAACUAUCUGUUUCAGUGCAGCCGCAAUUGUCUUUAAUGUCCUAUCACAUGACCAUGUGUCCAACUCUAUCUGCAAUAGUUGGCCAGGAUCCGCCACGACGCCUCGUUACAUGUGGAGUUCUUGGUGGUGCAAAUGGUUCGAUAAGGUGGAAAAGUAUAGUGGUGCAGCGAUUGGAAUUGCGGCUUCACAAAUAGGAUUAACUUUGACGCUAUUGGUUGUGUGCUUAAUUUUACGGAAAAAUAUGACAAAACGACACCAUGCGUACCUCGGCUACAUAAUAUUUCAACUAUUCCUUUCAAUAGCUUUAAUUGUGGUGGUUCUCAUCCCAGCAACGGAUUUGUGGCCGGAUUCAUACACUGAGAUUGAUUGGGGGUGGGGAACCUCUUUGAUAUCCGUGGGAGGAUAUUUCUUUGCCAUCUUUAUACUACUUCUGCACAGGAAAAGGGAAAAAGCAGGAGAAUUUGUUUGAAGCUAUAAUUCAGCGAAAAAUAUUUACUUAGUCAUCUAAGAUGUAAUAAAAGUAAAUAACCUUUUAUUACUUAAUAUAUUAAAUACAUUAAAUUCCAAUAACUAAUUAUUUUGCAUUUUUGGUUAAAAACUGACGGCCUCUUUUUAAUCUUAAUACUACAGAUUUGUUUCACAGAUAUUAUUUACUUGCUAAUAAAUAUUAUUGGGAAAAAAUACAGC